AUGGCUGUUCCUGCUCUGAAGAUGGACCAACAGGUCGACGACGACAGGGAUUUCUUCCCCACUGCUGUAUCGGAUAAAGUGCUCGUGGAGGCGCGGCGUAAACAGGCCAUCUGCCGCCUCUUUGGGUCCAGCAGCAUCUUCCUAUCAUCUGAAUGCCGGAGAGGGGACCGGUCUGAUCUCAUUAACGUUAUAACAAACAAAGCCAUCGAACAGUGAGUUUGACAUGGCAACAGGUUGAUGCAGCUUCUUUGACAAUGUAUUACUUUGAUCACACAUGUCUAUAGGAUCUCUGAAGAUGAGUUGCCAUAGGCCUCCUGUAGCUCGGUUGGUAGAACAUGGCGCUUGCAACGCCAGGGUUGUGGGUUCGUUUCUCACGGGGGGCCAGUAUGAAAAAUGUAUGCACUCACUAACUGUAAGUCGCUCUGGAUAAGAGCGUCUGCUAAAUGACGUAAAUGUAAAAUGGUCACUCUCACCUAGAUUUAUCAAUUUGCAGCUAUGAGAAUGGAGAAGAGGCAAUGGCAGAGUCCCAAUUUUCAAAGGCUGUGACAUGCUUCGCCAAAGCCAUCAAUCUUCAGCCGAAACAGGUACAGAACCACAUAAAUUGACAUCAGUACCAAAUCAUUCUGAAAAUCUUCAGUAACUGCUGUUGGAAGUAGAACAGACGGGAGUGAGAUUGAUUAUUUGUCUGAAAUAAUUGUCUUAAGUUGUCAUAUGUGUCCUGACUUCCAGACCCAGCUCUAUGUGAGCCAGGCGGAGGCCUAUUUACAGUUAUGUGACUUCCAGUCUGCAGCUGUCAGCUACAGACAUGCCUGCCUCCUGGAGCCUCAGGCUAAGACCUUACACACACGCCUGGCAUUCAUCUAUUACCUACAGGUGAGAGUGGGAAGGGAGGCUGUCCCCCAAAGCGGCCUGCUGUGUGAUCUUCUUAGAAUAGUCUCAGAUUCAGACAGGAUGAUCAUUCCUACACAGUCAAGCAAGCAUCCAGCACUAAUGAAAUACCUCUUGCUUUCACUUGAAAACAGUUUGUAAUAUAUCAAAUAUUGUCCGCUCCACAGGGCCAAUGUUUGUAUGAUAAGGGCAUGUUCCUGGAUGCUCUGGAGUCGUUUGCCAAGGCUGCUGAGCUAAAGCCUAGCUGCAGGUCAUAUCACAUGAGGAGGUCAGUGUGAAAUACGAGGUAUUCACAUGGAGAGCUAUGUGCAUAAAAAUGAAUAGACGUGUUACUGUUUCCACUAUUUACAAACACUUUCUUUGGCUGUAUCCAUAUGUUAUCUGCCUAACGCCUCGUGCAUACCGGUUACGUCAAACUGUAUCCAUUCCGGCAGAUGUCCAUUCAUUUCAUUGGGAGGCAAUCUGCACCGCUGCGACUCAUCUGCGGGACUAGGUUGCGGUGCAUGGCACUGCGUGCAGUGUGUCGCAUGUGUUGGAUUUUUAAAACCUGCUUUGCCGUGCGGUACCAUUAGUAAACCACAGAAGAAGUUGCUAAUGUGUGGUGUGAUUCGUUUAGUUGUGAUGCGGCACAUGGAUUGUGAAGUCUACGUAAAAUGUACCGUACGGCAAUAACCUGUGUGGACGCGGCGUAAGGAGGUCAUGUGCGAUCCUUUAACCUCAGCCGUCUCUACAGACAGACAGACUCCUUUUACAGCCAGGCGAUGGUGCUAUUCACCUAAGAUUUAAAGUGUGAACUACUGAAGUGUCCCCCUUUGUUGCUGUUGUAGCCUGGCAUGUCUGACGGCCCUGGGCCGCUAUACUGACUGUCUGAGGCUGGUCAGCAACUGGCUGGAGGCAGACUCUCAGACCGCAGAUCUGUUCACCCUCAGAGCACGGCUCCACAAACAGCUCAACCAGGUCAGCAGUACACUCUCACACUCCGUUACCUCUGUGUUAACACUGGGCAAUAUCUGACAAUACCAUGCUAGAAAUAACAAAGGUGUGGCGAUUUGUAGUUGUAACCCUAGGGACAAAUAGCUUAUGAACUUGCUCAACACGUGUGACGUCAUUGCCACUUUUAUCUGCUCUGACAUCGCCUUCUAGUGCCUAUCUAUAUAAAUGAUCAAAAGUCUCAUUUACAUGCAUUCUAAUGUAAUAACAGCACCAUUCUCUAUACAGGUAAAAAUGUGCUACCAUGAUCUGAGGUCAGCUUUGGCCCUCAGUCCGUCGUGCCCAGAGGCAGGUGCCCUGCUGGACCAGCUAGAGGAGGCCAGUGAGAGGGCCAGGCAGCAGGCAGUCAGCAGGGCCCUGGCAGGGGAGCUCACAGAGGCCCUGACCAAGAUCAACAUGGCCCUGGAGCAUUGCCCUGAGACUGGGCAGCACUACCUCUUCAGGUAUUGAUGGCAGAGUAUUUUAUCAGGUUCUGAUACAGCAAGCAAGGGUGUUGAUUAGGCCUGUGGUUUAUCUGAUACAUGCCUGACCCCAUUUUACCAGACCAUUCUCCGCUACCACUGAAGAGAUAUACAUCUACAUGUACUUGUUAGGAUAAUUUUCUCUACCAAUCUAUAGUAAAUGAGGAUACAUACUGUCUAUUAUACACUAAAAUGUAGUAUUUUGCACUAUAGGGGUAUUCUGUACCGCAGGCUGAAAGACUUUACUGCUGCCAUUGAGGACUUGGUCCUGGCUGUGGAGCUGAGUGAGGCUGGAGACGAGGGAGACCAGGGGUCGGAGCUGAGCGGACACACCCAGGAAGACUGGAGGGCCGUGCAGGAGGAGGCCCAGGUCCAGCUGGUGCUCACCUACAACGACUUUGCCGUGCAGUGCUUCUCCCGUAGCUUCUACAAAGAGGCAGUCAUGCUGCUCAACAAGGCCAUCGAGGAGCAGAAGGAGGAGAGUGGCCUCUAUAUCAACAGAGGAGGUGAUAGGAGGGGAGGGGAGAGGAGGGGAGGGGAAAGGAGUGGAGGGGAGAUGAGGGGAAGAUGAGGGAAGUGAGGUAUGUCUGAGGGGGUGGGAGGAAGUGGAGGCGAAGGAGGUGAGUUUGGCUAAGGUGAAAUUAGGUGAGGAAGGUUGUGGGCUCCCUCUUGAAAAAAGUGCAAUUGAAGUCUGGCCCUGUGAAAUAACAAUAUUGUGUGAAUAUAGACGGUGGGCAGGAGUCUCUGAGAUCAAAAGAGAAUGUGUUUAAAGUGACUGGUGAUGUGAUUUCAUAUCUCAUACACCUUGAAUACAUUCAUGCAUAAAGUCAGUACCUAUGUCCAUGGCCGUGGGAAGAUAUUUAGGGUGGGGGUGCUGAGAAUGUUUUUCUCCCCACGCUGCUGACGACAAUUUUUGUCCACUCAUACAGGAGUAAUAAAGGGCCAGUACACAAAUUUUGUGGAUUUUUUUUCUUUUUUUCAGAUUUAUCAGCACCCCUACUUCCCGCGGCUAUUCCUACAUCCAUUACAUCCAGUUUUAGGAAUGAGUGCAUCUGAGUAGACAGUAGACAUCACCUCUGAUAUUAUAAAGGUUGUUGUGGUUUGUGCAGACUGUUUCUUCAAGCAGGACGAGUGGGAGUUUGCCCUGGCUGACUACCAGCAGGCGGAGGAGAUUACUCCUGAUGACCAGUUCAUCUGGAUCCGCCUCGCUGUCAUCCACAACACCCUGGGAACAAACUGCUACCAGGACCGGUGAGUCUCAUCCACAACACCCUGGGAACAAACUGCUACCAGGACCGGUGAGUCUCAGUCUGUCAUCCACAGCACUGUUUCUUGUCUUCACCACAGGAAGUACCAGGAGGCAGCUGACAAGUUCUCUGAGGCCAUCAAUUACAACCCUGGCGUUAGCCGGUACUAUGAGAACCGAGCCAAAGCCCACAGUAAACUGCCCAACGUGGAGGGGGCCAAGCAGGAUGCCAUCAGUACCCUCGUCCUGGACCCCACUAAUGAUCAGGCAAGACCCUCAACGCCUAUAUGUCUCAUCCACUCUAUCCAUAAAACUAACCUCGGUCUGUACAAAAACUAUGGACCAGAUUUUCUGAGCUUUUAUGGCUAGGGCUUAAUGUGACUUUGUCAGGAAUACCAAAGGGCCUGAGUUAUGCAAGUACAAAGCUCUCACCACUUGUUUCCUAUGCAGAUUGGGGGGAAAACCAAACAUGUUUUUUUAUAAAUACAUGAACGCUUGAUUCUUUCUUUUAACCCACGUUUCAUUUUAUGUAAUAAAUGUUUCAUAAAGUGGUGCGGAACUCCCACGGUGCAGAACUGACUGCUGUAGUAAAUCUGUCCCUCUGUCUGUCUGUCUGUGUGUGUGUGUAGGUGGUCCCUCUGCUGCUGAGUCUGUUCCCAGGCUGCUCCGUGUCAGAGGUUCUGUCCAGUGAAACGGCCAGGACGGUCAAAGCCCAGCUGAUGGACAGCAUCCAGGCCUGCAAACAAUCUGCAUCCUCUGUGCUAAGGUUAGGCUAGCACUGUGUGUCUGCAACCCCUCCCUGUUACUGCUAAAACUGGUCAGACCUGAGUCAGAAAGAUAUAUGUCAAAUAUUUAAUCUUCACUUGGUUUAGUGUGCCAGGUACAAUAGAACCAGUGGAAUAGUUCCCAAAGUGCAGAAUCCAAGCUAAAUUAAGCACACCUCAAGUACUUUAAUGUUUUUGACAUAUUUGGUUUAAAGGGCAGUUGCACAGGUCCAGAUGAAGCCUUCUCAUGGACUACAAAGAAGCUUGUUCAAUGGAGAGUCUCAAUUGGAAGUGCUUUGUAGUCCUUUCAUAGGCUAAAUAUGGGUGUGUUCACCAGUCCCAAAGUGUACAAACUAACUGUGGUGGAAGCUAAUUACAGAUUUCCAUAACCUGUUUCCCCAGAAUGUGCAGUGGGCUUGACAAGAUAACCCUGUCACAUGAUGCAGACAGCCAGUCUGACUGCCAAUCCUCAGAGGACCAGUUUGACCAGGGGGCGGAGCCUCCUAAAGCCUGUGUGGCCCCGCAGGACGUGUACCAGCAGAUUGUCAGCAUCAGCCAGCAGGUACGAGACCAGGAAGACAUCCAGACACUGGGACAGACAAACUAAUCUACCCUCAUCUAAUGAGACCACUCAAUAAAGCCCUUCAAACUCUCUUUUCCACACCUCUUAUUCACCAAAUCAUAUAAAACACUCAGCUCAUGCUUUCCACUCACAUUCACCAUUGAUCAGUAUUUAUUUUAGUUGGAUCUUCCACCCGUUGAGAGCAUCUCUCAUACUGAUCAAAGGUGCACUUCCUGUGUUGGCUGUGCCAGGUGAAGCGAGCAGUGCGAUUGGCCCUCGAAUGGCGGCAGCCUCUGCAGUAUGACGGGCCCCAUCUGGCCCCCGCCCGCACAGUGGAACAGGAGCAGUCUGCACUGGGCUCUAAGAACAGACCGUACCACUGGAGGAAGUUUGGGGGGUUUGGAGUGAAUUCCAAAUGAGCAGCAACACUAUGGCGUUUACUACUGUUAGGUUGACAUGGUGGAACUGUUGGUCCACUGUUGCUCUUCAGCACUCUGGGCUUGAGUGUGGCCAUUGUAAUGUAGAGGUUGUCAUGGUACCAUAUUGUUCGUAAUCCAACAGGUGUCAGUAGAGGCACAGUUUUCCUUAUUUCCACCUCACCUGUUUGGAUUUAAUUGAUCCAUUAAUCUAGAUUGUCAGGGCACAACGAUUUUGAUAUGGGAUUUUUGUUGUAUUGUUUAUGUCCAUAGAUAUGAUGAACAGGCAUAUGGAGACGUGAAGGGCGUGUGACAAAAGGAAUAGGUGGGCCAGUUAGAUGAAGGCAGUUCAAUGAUAUGACAGAUAGAAAGGAUGGAGAUACUGUACUGUAGCUCUAUUGUGUCGGUUCUAAAAGCUUGAGAAUAUAGUUGAAUGGUAAUGCCAUUGUCUGAUGGGCAAUUUUUUAAACAGUAUACAGUAAAUCUUUAUUUUUAACAGAUUGUUUAGUGUUGGAAAUUUGUCUGAAAAGGAUGUUUUGCCAAAUUAAAAAAUA